AUGGAUGAAUUAACAAAGAAAAAACGUAUACGCGCAGGACAUAGAGGUUCAGCAACAAAGAUUGUUUCAAAGAUAAAAGAAAAAUUGACGAACUACAACAGCGAGGGCGAGACAGACAAAAAUGCCCUGAAACAACUGCGAGACACUUUAAAGGAUAAGAUCGAAGCCUUAAAGAAUCUCGACGCAACGAUCAUCGAAUUGUUAAGUGACAGUAAAGACGAAGACGCGGAAGAGGAACUGGCUAAAGAAGUCGAGGAGUCAGACGACAUUAUAGCGGACAUGCAAAAGGUUAUCCUCGACAUAUCCGAUGUGACAAACGAAGCCAUUGUUCAAAGCGCAACAGUGACAGAUGAUACUACAUUGAACAGCAGCUUGUCUAGUGAGACAAAAAAGAUUAUUCGCGCUAAACUCCCGAAACUGGAAGUCAAAAAAUUUGGUGGCAAAUUGCAAGAGUGGCAAGAGUUUUGGGACUCGUUUGACAGCGCCGUAAACCAAAACGAAGGCUUAGCGGAUGUCGACAAGUUCGCGUACUUGAGAAGCCUAUUGAUUGAGCCAGCCAGAUCAGCUAUUUCGCGGUUUGCACUUACAUCGGCGAACUAUAACGAGGCGAUAGAGCUACUCAAGAGACGCUACGGGAAGAAAAACGCAAUACAAAAGGCGCACAUCCAGGAACUGAUGAACAUGAAACCAGUUUGUAAUGACCGAGACACAGAGAAAUUACGGAAGCUAUAUGAUACGUGCGAGACAAAUUACCGCCUAUUCAACUAUCGUAGUGCCGGAAAUCCUGGAGAAGUUGCCCGAGUCCUUUCGAUUGACUAUAACUAG